AUGCCUUGUCGAUCACAAAAAGUUCAAUCUAACAAAAAGAAAACAAAUCCAUCAUCAACCAUUGGAACCGAACAAUCAAUCCAAUUGAAUACGAAUGCAUGCAAUCAAGAAGAGAAUAAUAUAAUUUCUUGUUUGGAAUCCAUUGGCAAUUCAAUUAUUAAUAAACUAACAGGAACAGAACGUGAUCGUUUAAAACAACAACUACUUAUUUCUUAUGCUUCGCAUACAAAUUCUAUUCACGAUCUGCCAUUGUCUUCAUCAAAAACUAGUUUUGAACAAGUUUUAAAUGAUUUACAUACAUUCGAUUGUCACACUCAACGACAAUAUCGUACUGCAGGUACAGAUGAUCAUGAUUCCAGUGUAAAGAAUGCUAUAACAACAAAUGAUAAUCCAUUGGAUAUAAUAAUAAAAAAGCAAAUCAAAAAUACUAAUAUAUUAAAUGAUCACUUUCCAUCGUCGACAGCAAUCAAACAUCAUAAGAAGAAACAAACUACAAAUCCAAUAAUAGAAAAUGAAAACAAGAGUGUACCGAAUAUAAUAACACGAACAAUAUGUACAAGAAGUUCUAAACUAAAUAAUUUAAAUAACAAUAAAGAACAACCGAAUCCUGUUAUUCUCACUCGUACACGUAAACGUCGAUCAUCUGUAACAAAUAAUAUGGGUACAUCAGCUCCAGUCAAUCAUAUUGACGAUGCAAAAGGAGAAGAUCAUUUAGCUGUACAAAAAGCUAGUGAAAAUGAUGUAUGUGGUACAAGAGUAUCUCGUAGAAAACUUCAAUCGUCGGUUCCAUCGAUCGAGUGUUCAAAGCCUACAAACGAAUUUUAA